AUGGCGUCGAAUCGUCGUCCCCAGCUUCCGAGUAAUUUAGCUUCGUCUUCCACAGUGACCGUCGAUCCAGGCCGGGAAUUAUUCGAAGCCUGCCGAAAUGGAGAUUUGGCUAAGGUCAAGAAGCUGGUCAACGCACAUAAUGUUAACGCCAAGGAUACGUCUGGAAGGAAAUCGUCGCCGCUUCAUUUUGCAGCAGGAUUUGGUCGCAAAGAUGUUGUGGAAUACUUACUUGAGUGUGAUGCCAACGUUCAUGCCCAUGAUGAAGGAGGACUUAUUCCAUUGCAUAAUGCUUGCUCAUUUGGCCACGCUGAAGUAGUACAGCUGUUACUGCGACAACAUGCUGAUCCUAAUGCUAGAGACAACUGGAAUUAUACCCCAUUACAUGAAGCAGCCAUUAAAGGAAAGAUUGAUGUUUGUAUAGUUCUUCUGCAACAUGGAGCCGACCCAGCCAUCAGGAACACAGAUGGAAAAACUGCCUUGGAUUUAGCUGAUCAGUCUGCGAAAGCUGUCCUUACUGGAGAUUAUAAAAAGGAUGAACUUUUAGAAUCAGCACGAAGUGGCAAUGAAGAAAAAAUGAUGGCUUUAUUAACUCCUUUAAAUGUUAACUGUCAUGCCAGUGAUGGCCGCAAGUCCACACCACUUCAUCUGGCAGCUGGCUACAAUCGAACACAGAUUGUUAAAUUGUUAUUGCAACACAAAGCUGAUGUGCAUGCGAAAGAUAAAGGAGGUUUAGUUCCUUUACACAAUGCUUGUUCCUAUGGACACUAUGAAGUCACAGAAAUGCUUCUCAAGGCUGGUGCCAGUGUCAAUGCUAUGGAUCUGUGGCAGUUCACACCAUUGCAUGAAGCAGCAUCAAAAGCACGAGUGGAGGUGUGUUCUCUUCUCUUGGCUAAUGGUGCUGACCCAACCUUAAUGAAUUGUCAUUCCAAAAGUGCAAUUGAUGUUGCUCCAACUAGAGAACUUCAGGAAAGACUUCAGUAUGAAUACAGAGGUCAUUCACUUCUUGAGGGAGCAAGAAAUGCUGAUUUAGCCAAAGUUAAGAAAUAUUUAGCAUCAGAUAUUGUCAAUUUUAAACAUCCUCAGACAGAUGAAACUGCUUUGCAUUGUGCAGCUGCUUCGCCAUACCCUAAGCGUAAACAAGUCGUUGAAACACUCUUACGUAAAGAAGCAUUGAUUAAUGAGAAAACAAGAGAAUACUUUUUGACACCUCUUCAUAUUGCUGCUGACAAAUCUCAUUAUGAUGUCAUGGAUAUACUUUUGAAGAAAGGAGCACAGGUAAAUGCAUUAGAUAGCCUUGGUCAGACUGCUCUCCAUCGUGUAGCUCAGCAGGGUAAUGUCCAGGCAUGUCGUUUGCUUCUUUCUCAUGGUGUGGAUUCUACAACCAUGUCAUUGCAGGGGUAUACAGCUGCACAACUUGCUACAGAGAAUGUUAAAAAAGUGCUCAGAGAGGGGCCUUCAGUUGAAGUAACAGAUGUGGACAUUCAACUUUUAGAGGCUGCCAAAUCAGGUGACCUUGAUCUUGUCAAAAAAUUAAUAACUGCUCAACCAUCAGCUGUCAAUUGCAGAGACUUAGAUGGCCGACAUUCCACUCCUUUACAUUUUGCUGCUGGCUACAACAGAGUUAGUGUAGUUGAAUAUUUAUUACAGAAUGGUGCUGAUGUUCAUGCUAAAGACAAAGGAGGCUUAGUUCCAUUGCAUAAUGCGUGUUCGUAUGGUCAUUAUGAAGUAACAGAGCUUCUUAUCAAGCAUGGGGCUCAUGUGAAUGUUGCCGAUCUUUGGAAAUUCACUCCACUUCAUGAAGCUGCUGCCAAAGGGAAGUUUGAGAUUUGUAAACUUUUACUAAAGAAUGGAGCAGACUUAAAUAAGAAGAACAGAGAUGGUCACAUACCUUUAGACCUUGUGAAAAGUGGUGAUACUGAUGUUCAGGAUCUUUUAAGAGGUGAUGCAGCAUUAUUAGAAGCUGCUAAGAAGGGCAAUUUAGCUCGUGUCCAGAAGCUGGCCACAAAAGAUAAUAUCAACUGUCAAGACACACAGGGACGCAAUUCUACACCUUUACAUUUAGCAGCUGGUUAUAACAAUCAAGAAGUGGCAGAAUUUCUUUUGGAGAAUGGAGCCGAUGUAAAUGCUAUGGAUAAGGGAGGUUUAAUACCACUCCACAAUGCUUCUUCUUAUGGGCAUGUGGACAUAGCAGCUCUUUUAAUUAAAUUUAACACUUGUGUCAAUGCUGUUGAUCGUUGGGGAUACACGCCUUUACAUGAAGCUGCACAGAAAGGUAGAACACAACUCUGCUCUUUAUUGUUGGCUCAUGGAUCAGACCCAGUCAUGAAGAAUCAUGAGGGCCAAACACCACUGGAUCUUGCUACUGCUGAGGAUGUAACUGCUUUACUUCAAGAUGCAAUGCAAGGUCAACCAAUACCCAGCACUCCAUUGACAAAGCCUUUAACUACAGUCUCCUCUAACUCUAUUACAGUAGCCAGUCCUGCUCCCAUCGCAUCAUCAGUGGCAGCAACAGCAGCAGAGGGCGCUGUUGGUGGUCUUCCUCAAAUGGCCCAUGUUGGUGAUGGCUGCGCUGAAAUGUUACCCAAUGAUGUUGAACAAAACCUUGAAUCGAUGAGUGUGGCUGUGUUUUUAUCAAACAUUGGAUUGGAGAAUUUGUGUGACAUUUUUGAAAAUGAAAAAAUUACUAUGGACAUUCUUGUUGAGAUGAAACAAGAAGAACUGAAAGAAAUUGGCAUCACUGCUUAUGGUCAUCGCUUCAAAAUUUUGAAAGGAAUAGAGAAACUCAAAAGCAAUCAAAUUGUAGGUCCUAAUCUGCAUAAUUCCUUACCUCAGCAAGGGACUAUCCUCAUUGAUUUAUUGCCUGAUGACCCUGAAUACAUAAUGGUAGAAGAACAGAUGCAAAGCACAGUCCGAGAGCAUAAAGAUAAUGCCGGUGGAAUAUUUGACAAAUACAAUAUCAUAAAGAUCCAGAAAGUACGUAACAAACGAUUGAAAGAGCGUUAUUUACAUCGUCUCAAAGAAGUUGCUGAAGAAAACAAUGGUAAUGGAAAUGAACGCCUUCUCUUUCAUGGAUCUCCUUUUAUUAAUGCUAUUGUUCAUAAAGGUUUCGAUGAGAGGCAUGCUUACAUUGGAGGCAUGUUUGGAGCAGGAAUUUAUUUCGCAGAGAACUCUUCCAAGAGUAAUCAAUAUGUCUAUGGUAUUGGAGGAGGUACUGGCUGUCCAGCCCAUAAAGAUAGAUCAUGUUAUAUAUGUCACAGACAACUGUUAUUAUGUCAAGUAACCCUUGGAAAAUCCUUUACCCAACUUAGUGCUAUGAAAAUGGCACAUGCUCCUCCAGGCCACCAUUCAGUGAUUGGUCGACCAAGCAAUGGUGGACUCACUUUUCCUGAGUACGUUAUAUAUAGAGGUGAACAGGGUUACCCAGAGUACCUUAUAAACUUCCAGAUUGUCAAGCCAGACAGCCAUCCAGAGACUUUUCUGUCUCUUCUUCCUAUGUCUGUCUCUUUCAAUUUCCCCUUUUACUUCUGUCAUUUCUCUUGUUUUCUUUUCAAACAUCAAUCUUAA